CUAAAAUCACUAAUCGUUGUACAGUGUCAACAACGUACGUGACACUUCCAUACUUACAUUUGAACCACUCUUUCUUUACCUUCUCAUCUUCUUCCGAAAAUGUCUAGUAUCUCUGUCCUUCUCCUCAUUCUUGGCUUCUUUAACUAUGCAUUGGCUGAAGAAGGGUUUUGCUCUGCUCCUUCCGUGCUUAGCAUGGAAUCGAAAUCGAAGCCUCUUUAUUGGAAAGUCAACAACCCCACUCUCUCUCCUCUCCACCUUCAAGAUUUGCCUGGAUUCACACGUAGUGUUUAUAGGAGAGAUCAUGCUUUGAUAUCACCAGAAAGUCAUGUAUAUAGCCCAUUGCCUGAUUGGAUCAAUACAUCAGGGGCAUAUUUAAUUUCACCAGAAAUUGGUUCACACUUUACAAUGUACCUAGCUAACUUGAAAGAGAAUUCAAGAUCAGGACUACCCCUGCACGAUGUGGAGAGAUUAAUCUUUGUGCUCGAAGGUGCUGUUACACUCACUAAUGUUUCUGGCGUUAGCCAUAUACUGAAGGUGGAUUCGUAUGCUUAUUUUCCUCCAAAUUUUGAACAUUCAAUUGAGUGUGAUGCAUCUGCUACUAUUGUGAUCUUUGAACGAAGAUAUGUUCCGCUACAAAAUCACGUCUCAGAGCCUGUGGUUAAUUCAACAGAUAAGCAGCCACUCCUUGAAACUCCUGGCGAGGUUUUUGAACUGCGGAAGCUCCUUCCUACAUCUUUGGCAUAUGACUUCAAUAUCCAUAUUAUGGAUUUUCAACCUGGAGAAUUUCUCAAUGUAAAGGAGGUCCAUUAUAACCAGCAUGGUUUACUGCUAUUGGAAGGGCAAGGCAUUUAUCGUUUGGGUGAUAGUUGGUACCCGGUUCAGGCGGGUGAUGUCAUUUGGAUGGCACCCUUCGUCCCACAAUGGUAUGCUGCCCUAGGGAAAACUCGAACACGGUAUCUUCUGUACAAAGACGUGAACAGAAACCCAUUAUAAUUGUGAUGUUGAUGUACGUUUAUAUGAAUGACAUGAAUGAAUUAUCCACCUUCUUACUUAAUGAUUCAACUAAUAGAAGAGUUGUCGCUGAAUACAUUUAUUAGCUGUCUAUCAUCUGCUGAAUGUUUUUAGUGU